GGGAGAGUCUCCCACCACAACAUGAAAGAAAAGCGGGAGAAUGCCUUUCAGUGCUUCACACUGAGAGCUUCCACCUCAGACGCUUCUCGACUGUUUAGUACUCGAGACGCAUUCUCCGUGAAUUUUCUUCCUCCCCCUCAAUAAAAAUUUAUUUCAUUUUUCAUCGGCUUUUUUGUGUGAUUUUUAGUGGCAAAAUUUUUAAAUAGAUUUUUUAAAAAGAAAUUUUGUGCUGUGAAAAAGUGUUUUGAAAAUAACUUUUUUUUUAUUAAAGAAUUUUGAGAACUUUUUCGGAACUUUUCGCUAUCGUCAAGUGUCUGUGUGGGAGGAAUUAAGAAGGAAAUUAUGGAAAAGGAUCCUGAAUCCAUUGCAACAGUCCAAAUGAAGCCAGAAUACGCGGCCAGUGAAGUUUAUAGUACAGCAUCAGAGGCACCUCCUGCAUACAAAAUGCGCCAAUCCAGCUCUGUUCAAAUUGCAAAAAUUAUUGCAAUGACGGUAAUUGCAUCGUCUUUCAUCAUCGGAUUCUUCGUGCUGGCCUCCGCUUACCUUCAAGCGAAGGCUUCGUGCGAUCAAAUGCAGACACUGGACUCUGUUCUCGAGAAGGAACUUAUGCUGGAAACACUCCAAGAUCUCCCGAAAGCCGAAGCUCUCCAGGCACAAUCCUCAUCGUACAAAGAGAAUAGCCUGCAGAAUGAUGAAAAGUAUUCCUCACCAAAUGGCAAGGAGGAUCCUGAUGCUGAAUCCGUUCCAACAACUUCCGCAUCUGAUUCCGAGAGCGAAUCCGACAGCAAUGAAAGUGGUGACAUUAAUCGUCUUCAGAUAAGACUGCCUCUAGAGUUUGAUCUCAAUGACCUCACCAAUGCUCUUAUGGAAGGCAACCAAAAAUCUCGCAUGAAUUGCGUGGUGGAGCGCCGUCGUUCUGAGGAAUUUGUGGAUUCACCAGCAAAGACAAUGCAAUUGCCAUUUGGACUUAACAUCUCCAGCGAUCCUAAGAAGCAGAGAAUAACGGGCGAGAGAAUGGCCAUCUUUUGCGAAAGUGGAACAAGUCAAGUGAACGAAGAGCCAUCUGAGCCCGUUCGUCAGGUCGUGAUGCCCAUUCACGCCAUUCCGCUUAAUUUUGCUCAUCAGAUGCCCGUUAACCAGCCACCACCACCCCCACCACAGCCACAGAUGCACCAUAUGCCACCACCACAGUCCUUGAUGCGCGAGAUGCCACCACCACCACCCCAGAAUAUGCCCUCACAGGGACCUAUGCCAAUCCAUGUUGUCCAAGCUCCACGUCCAUACCAGCCUGAGGUCCGUAUUCAGCUCCAGCGCGUCCAGAUCCCAAGAGAACUCCUCGGUGAGGGUGGUCAGGAGCAGCAGGUACAAAUCCAGCGUGUCCCCCUAGAUGUUGCCCUCCAUCGUGCUGGAAUUACAGCUGAAGAUCUCCAGAACAUCCAACGUAUGGCUGAGGAACGUAUCCAGCAAGAACUGAAAGAGGAGAUGUCCGGCAACAACGAGGAAGAUGACGAUAGCUCUGAAAGCUCCGAGGAGGAAGACUCCAAAAUGGUCCCAAUGCAGCAGGUUCCCGUUCCUGCUCAAUUCCUCCAGAUGGGACGCAUUGGGUAUGGCAGGAGUCUCCUGCAACCUGUUAAAAUUCCCGUGCCUAUGAUGCAGCAGGAGAACACCGAUCAGCCACAGCAGGCACAAGAGGAGGAACGACCGCACUUUGUGCAACCCCGAUCUGUUCGUUCCGUCGACAGUGUCCUCCACCGCGAGAAGCGUGUUAAGCGUUGUGCUUGCGAUUGCAACUGCUAAGAAGUCAACUGUUAAUGAUCGCAAGAAAAUGUGGGAGACCAACCUACCAACAAAACCUCCUCUCAACAGCAGCAAAUCCUACUUUGUGACAAAAAAAAACUUUCAACACUUUUGAUCCCCAAAUAAAAUGGAAUUAAAAAAAACUCCUUCAAAUUCCUGCAAUUUUGUGAGACAAUUGGCGCAAAAGUUUCGUUUUUCAUUUAUUUUUCUCACUCUCACGUAUAUUUUUUGUGGCAAGUGGUAGCAAUAAUAACUCGUAGCUGAAGAAAACAAAAAAAUAAUGUAUAUUUAAGUAUAUCUUCACCGACACAUAAUUACUUAUGUAUUUUUUUAUGAUUCAUUUGGCAUAAAAAACAAAACAAUUGCUUCACUUUUGGAUGGAGAAUGUGUUAACUAAAAAAGGAAAAAACUGAUUCUGAAGACGGCUAAAAAGGCGCUUUCUCAAUGUGAAUAUUUUUGUGUAUUUUCUCUAACUUUGAAAAGUAGUUUAAAAAAAUGUGAUCAAACCUGUAUAAUUUACGUGAAAAAAAGAUGAUCGCUUUGCAGGAAGUGGCGAUCUUCAUGCAAAAUAAAACAAAUGUAAUAUUUUUUGGGCCCAAUAAAAAUAUUAGUAAAAGAUUUAUUAAAAAAAA